AUGCAGGGAAUUACAGCGUGCUCCUUCUAUCAGAAUGUGGGAAUUUGGACUUCACCCCCAACGGCACUGAACGCGCUCGAGGCACGUUCAGUCGGAUCUGCAUUGCCAGGCACUGACUCUACCGCGUACACCACUACCGAAUCGUCAGACGGAACUGAUUAUAACGAGUACCAAGACACCCCAUGCGACCACUCAGCAUAUGGUCGGUGGCUCUUCGACCCGCUAAAGGGCAUGUACACGUGGCAGCUGUACCCCUGCGCGAAACCCCUCCCGCCGCCCUCUGAUUGGCUCAGCGCGCUUCAGUCUCGGGGCAUUUACGAGAUCAACUUCGUGGGGGAUUCACAUCAACGGUUCCUGUUCAACCACCUCUUUUUCCUGCUCACAGGGGAAGCACACGUUUCCCAGUCGAAGGCUGAAGAGCAGCGGCCGUUGAAGCUCAACUUCUACUGGAUUGCCGGGAUGUACAACAUCGGGCAAUACGGAUGCAAAAAGAAGUUUCCGAAUCAGGGCGGCCCAUUCCCCACCAUCACAUCAGCAGCAGACGUCACCAUAAUCAAUGGAGGCACGUGGAUCCAUGGCUUCUGUGAUGCUCCAGAAGAUGCUUUCGGGUUCUUUCUCCCUAGUCUGGACUUCACCCGCAACAGCACGGAACGCGCCCUCGGCACGGUGGCGGAAUGGAACCUCACGGUGUUCCCAAGCGUUGCCACCGUUCCUUCAUCCUCAGCUUUUAUCCCAUUCGCCGAUUCAAGCACAUCCAACGAUUCAAGCAGAAUCGAAUCCCCCGGCAAAACUGACAAUAACGAGUACCAGGACACCCCAUGCGACCACUCAGCAUACGCUCGGUGGCUCUUCGACCCACUAAAGGGCAAGUACACGUGGCAGCUGUACCCCUGCACACAGCCACUCCCGCCGCCCUCUGAAUGGAUCAGCGCGCUUCAAUCUCGGGGCAUCUACGAAAUCAACAUCGUGGGCGAUUCACAUCAACGCAAACGAAGGCAAGCUGUGGAGCUGCGGCCGCUGAAGCUCAACUUCUACUGGAUUAAUGGGAUCUACAAUGUGGGGCAACACGGAUGCAAGAAGGGCUUCCUGAAGCAAGGCCAGUGGUUUCCCAACUUGUCACCAGCAGCAGACGUCACCAUUAUCAACGCAGGCACAUGGACCCAUGCAUUCUGUGACACUCCCCUAGAUACAUUCGGACUCUUCCUCCCUAGGAAGCAACCGUUUCGAAACCCUAAGCUCCUCUCCUCCCUCCGCACCGCCUCUCACGCCGUCCUCACCGCAUCCAACCGCUCCGCGUCCACCGCGCGCCACCACCCGGCCUGGUCCCGCCUGAUGACAGCUGUCGACCUCCGAUUGGACGCCGCAACUGCCGCCCUGCUAGGCCCUUUGAUGGAUUGCUAUAGGGGAUGCCUCGCUGCUGCCGGCUGGCCGCCUCCCCUUAGGAAAGGAGGGGGAGGGGGAGGAGGAGGAGGAGGAGGAGGAGGAGGAGGAGGAGGAGGAGGAGGAGGAGGAGGAGGAGGAGGAGGAGGAGGAGGAGGAGGAGGAGGAGGAGGAGGAGGAGGAGGAGGAGGAGGAGGAGGAGGAGGAGUAGGAGGAGGAGGGGAAGAAGGAACAACAGGUGCUCCUGCUGCUGCUGCAGAUUCGGCGCUGGAUCGGCUUGCCGGACCUGGAGGCGAGGUUCGGACAGAAUUCACGAGCCUGUUCCUGGCGCUGUGCUCCCUGCAGCACGCGCAGAAGGUGAGGCGAGAAGCAGAGAAGGUACGGGUUCGAAGCGAAAGCGAGGUAGCUUAUAUGGAGGAUGAAGAGGAGUCAGAGGAGGACAAGGAGGAGGAGGAGGCAGACCUAGGGAAUAUCCAGAACCUUGGGAAUAUCCAAGUAGACGAGCCGUUGCUAUGGGGGAUGGAGGAGCUGGUCCAGCCAAUAGCGUCGCAGGCCCGGCCUCCUUUCGACCAAUGGGGAGCGAGCGGGCGGACGGAGUGGGCCUUUGCGCUGACCCUCCGUGUGGCGUUGACUGGCGUUGACUCGUUUGACCUGGCGCUACAGCCGCUGGUGGACGAGGAAGGGCUUACAGGGGUGGAUCCCACAGUGGGAGUUUUCGCGGAGCGACCUGAUUGGCUGCUGCUCUGGAUCCAAUUGGAGGGCGCCAGCGCACGCAGGAGCGUGCUAGCUGUCAUGGGCAGGGAUGCUUCGUGGAAGGUUCCUCGGGAUGGGGAGGAUGAGGCAAGCAUGGGUUUGCAAGAUUUGUCUGCUUCUGGCCUUCUGUUGACUGCAGCUGACCGCCCUGCAGCAGCGGAAACAGCAGGAAAGGGAGUUGUUGAGUUUCGACCGCCGCCCGUUGCUCUUCGGCUGAUUGAGAUUCUCCGGGCGGCAGUUUCCCGAUGCGGGCGGCUUUCCGGGACCGUAUCUGAAGGCACUGUAGCAAGCAGGACUUUAGCAGGCAGCAGUGACAAUAAUGAAGGGAGAGGCACCAGCAGUAGCAUCCCCAGCCCCAGGGCCAUCGGCCGGGGGCGGCAGCGCCUGUCUUUUGUCGAGGGCCUCUGCCGCCCGAUUCUCUCGGCGUUUUUGAAAGAGACGGAGCAGAGAGCGGAUGAGAUAGAAGCAGCAGGAGCCCUGGCGAGAGACGGGGAUUUGGAGGAUAUUGCUGGGUGUGCCAAUGCUGCCAGGUUUGUGGCUCAUGCCCUGGGGACGUGGCAGGAUGAAGGGUUUCUGGUGGAGGCAUGGGAGGAGGGGAGGAGGGAGCGGAGGGAGAGGAGGAAGGUGAGAGAGCGGAAGAGAGGAGGAGAGGAGGGCAAUGGAAGCGUUGCAGGUGAGCGGCAAAAACGAGAGGAGGAAAAUCAAUCGCAGCAGAAGCAGGAGAAGGAGAGGGAGCAAGGUGACGAGGCAGGAAGGCGAAACGUGGAAGGGGGGGAUCAGGAGCAAGAACAGGAGGAGGAGGCAGGAGGAGACGGAUGGGAGCUACUGGAUGCUGAAGAGAACGAAAGUGAAGGGGAGCAACAAGGCCUUGUGCCGCACCAGCAACAGCACCAGCAGCAGCAACAGCAACAGCACCACCAGCAAAAGCAACAGCGGCAGGGGGAGGGCCAACAGAAGAACCAACCGGAGCAGCAAGCAGACUCGCAGUUGCUCCGGGUCCAGAACCUACUAGACCAAUUCGAGGGCCCCGGCCCGGACCUCUUCUCCUCCGAGAUCCACCGCCUCUCCGCCCUACACUCCACGCUCGUCGCCAGGCUGGCGACAGCUGUCGCGCGCGGAUUCGUCUCCCGUGCCACCGAGUACCCACGCGCCAUUGUGCGCGUCCAGGCCCCUCCUCUCUCCCUUCCCUCUCAACCCUCUCCUCCCUCUCCUUCUGGCGAUGCACAAACUCCCUCCCUCUUCUCCUCCGCAUCCUCCUCCCUCGCCCUCUCCUCCUCUCUGGUCGAUGCUCUCAUCUUUCUCCGCCUCCGCCUGCUCUCCGCCCGCCACUCACUCGACGCGGCUCUCUUCUCCUCCUUCUGGCGCCACCUCGCUGCCUUCCUGGAUAGGUUUCUAGUGGAUAAGAUGGGUGCUGCUGGUGGGGCGGGGCUUGUGUUGGGCAGCUUGAAAUUUUCGGAGCGGGCCGGGCAGCAGUAUUCGUAUGACAUGCAGGUGGUGGUGUCGGUGUUUGAGAUCGCCACCCCCCGCCCGCUCAACUUCUUCAAAAGGACAAGAGACGCUGCCCGGCUGAUGGCCAUGACGGACAGAGACGCCAAUGGGUUACUGUUUAUGUUGUCCCUGGUCAGCGGGUCUGGGGCGCCAUCGUCUUCAUCCUCGUUAUUAUCUUCUUCAUCAAAAGCACUGGCAUUGGCCAGUGCAGCUAUAGGGGCUGCUGGAGCAGCUGCUAUUGGUGCUGGUGGUAGGGAUGUUGGUAGUGGCAACGAUUCAGGGAUUGAUACCCCAGAAGCCAAAAUCCAGCAGCAGCAGCAGGUGGAGGAGGAGGAGAGGCAACAGAGGGCAGCAGCAGCAUUGAGGCGGAGAGGGAUUCUGCAUUUACAGUCAGGGGAAGUGCAAUCUGUGCUGGAGAGACGUGCUCUCCCAAAAAGAUAG